AUGGCGACUGGGAAGACCGUCAUAGCUUUCGAUCUCUACGGAACGCUGCUGUCCACCGAGUCCAUUGCUCAUGAGCUCGCAAAGCUCUACGGCGAGGAGAAGGCUGCAUCGAUCGCUGCAUUAUGGCGUCGAUACCAGCUGGAAUACACCUGGAGAAUUACCUCGAUGGGCGAUUAUAGGACAUUCAGUGAAAUCACGCGUGGUUCAUUGACGCAUGCACUUUCCGAGCAUGGGUUCGAACUGUCUGCUGGCAAGACUGACCAGCUGAUGCAGGCAUACGAUUUUCUGCAUGUCUUUCCCGAGAUACCUGCAGCUUUGAAGUUGGUUCGGGAGAACAGCAACCUGGUGGACGCCUACAUCUUCUCAAAUGGCACACUAGAAAUGGUUGGAACUUCAGUCAAAUCAUCGCCAGACCUAGGACCCCACGCGAGCCUAUUCAAGUCAUUGAUCACCGUCGAUGAUGUGAAGUGUUACAAGCCCGCUGCAAGGGUCUAUGAGCACCUUGUGAAGGAGGCGGGAAAGGAAGGCAGCAAAAGCGAUGUCUGGUUGGUCAGCGGUAACCCCUUCGACGUCGUCGGUGCGAAAUCAGCCGGACUCAAGGCGGCUUGGAUUGACAGAGCUGGCAAGGGCUGGGUCGACCGUCUCGACACCUUACAUGUGCCUUCGAUCAUCGCAACCGGAGUGGAAGAUGCGGUGAAGUCUAUCCUCGGCUGGGUAAAGGAUGCCAAGGCAAGGACGAAAUCAUGA